ACGCUCUAAACGUAUUUGCAUUUGUUGUCAUGCGCGUUUCUCAUGUAAACUGUUGUCACAAGUACCUCAUGCUGCUCACUCAAGACACUUGGAUAAUGCUUAUGUCUUCUAGCUAAUGCAUUCCCAAAUUCUCAGUUUUGUGCGAUUAUCUUCAUUUCCAUUAGUGCGUCCCUCAGCAUUGUGCAGUCGGUCGCGGAAAAUCCCACUUUACAGCUCCGUCUCUAAUAGUGUUUACUCACAAUACAACAAUAUGCCUAAGAAGGACAAGACGAGCAAAAGCAACCCAAAACCACCGGAGACACCACCCGGCCCGGUUACUAAAGUUAAAGACGGGACAAUUACAAUAGCAAUACAUGCUAAACCCGGGGCCAAACAAAACGCAGUCACUGAUGUGUCUGAGGAGGCGGUGGGGGUCGCCAUUGCUGCACCGCCGACAGACGGAGAGGCCAACGCCGAGCUGCUGCGAUAUUUAUCCAAAGUCCUGGAGCUGAAGAAGAGUGAAGUAUCGUUAGAUAAGGGCUCCAAAUCUAGAGAAAAGGUUAUCAGGGUGACUGCAGCUGUCAGCCAGGAAGAAAUCUUGAAGAAACUGAGGACAGAAGCUAGUGGUUGAUACUGAAGUGGACUGUUUGUUUCGAGCCACAUUUGAGCCAGGAUAAUAAGACAAAAAUCUAUCAUGUUCUACAUGUCACAGUUUGCAUCUUAAAACCAUGCAAUAUUAUAUUUAGAUUUUGUCAAAUAAAAAGCCUUUUUUUUGUUUUACCAGUUUUUAAUUAUUUUGUGUUUAAUAAAGAUGUUAUGAGGGUAAUGUUGAAUGCAGGCCAAACAUUUUUGUGAGGAUGAGGAAAUUAUGAUCUUUUAAAUGUACAACAAUAUGGCUCAACAAUAAGGAUAGUUCAGAUUUUACAUGCCUUGCCAACAUUGCCCAUGCACCAUUUUAUUUUUGACUACAUACAAUUUGUCACAAAAUACAUAUUUAAAAUGUUUAUUGUUUAAAGUUAGCAUAUAUUUAUUAAUUUUUUUUCAAG